AUGCUGCCCGUACCCGCGUCCUUUUCCGCCAAAAAAUCACAGAUCCUCGCGGCACUCCACCAACCCGAGGGCGAGUACACGGACAAUUCACCCAAGGGGACGGUGGACACGCAGAUCCGCGAUUUGAUCGAUGAGAUCAAUGGGUACGAGGGCUUCGUGACGACGAGUAGCUGUGCGGGGAGGGUUGCUGUGUUUGUCGAGGGGCCUAGAGGGGAUGAUGAUGUGAGGAAGCGUGCAGGGGCGGGGGCGGUGGCAGGGACGCCAGCGAGGGAUGAUGGUGCAGGUGGGCGUGGUGAGUAUGGUGCCACGGAAGAGACAUGGGAAACACAAAAUGGAGAGCAAGGCAAGCACAGAGAGGUCGAAGGAGAAGGUGUGGGCGGCAAAGGGAAAGGAAAAGGGAUAAAGACGAAUUCGUCGUCCUCGACUUCAACCUCAACGACAUCGCCCGGUGGGAAAGGUGGAGGACGCUGGCUUUACGUCUCGCAUGACCCUGUGCCCAUGCCUACGCCUACGCCUACGCGUAUCGACAUGGCCGCCGGCGUCAAAGUUCCGACCAGCGAAGCGACGAACUCAGCACACGAGCCGGAGGAAGGGCCAGGGUACUUUUCCAAGCUCUUCCACCUGAGCGAUCCAUCGUCCUCAACAUCACCAUCCCCGUCCCAGUCUGCAACCUCACCCUCACUACCACUCCCAUCCUCGGCGCAACAACCGCCCGCUCCGCCGCCGAGGCUAAUCCACCUAUCCUUCUCGCCGCUGAUCCUGCACGUCCACUGCGCGACGCUGCGCCACGCGCGGCCCUUGCUCGCAGCGGCCGUGAACGCCGGGUUCCGCGAGAGCGGGGUGCAGAGCCUGCGCGCGCUCGAGGACAUCGAGCACGGGGUGAUGGUUGCCGUGCGCACAGCCGGGUUGGCGUUUGAGACGGUCGUGGGCUUUGCGAGCACGACGCGUCGGGAUUCUCCGCGCGAGUCCGAGGGCCAAAGCGAAAGCCAAAGCGAGGUGAUGCACCGCGUCGUGAGCGAGGAGUACCUCGCCCUGUGCGCGGGAGUGGUCAACGAGCGGUUUGCGUGGAAUGUCCAGCGGAGGGAACGGUUCCGACGCGAGCUGAAGAGAGCGAUGGAGAAGGGGGGGUUGGGUUCUGAGACCAAGGAGGCGCGAUCGCGGUGGGAAGAUAAAGAUGACCGAAGGAGACGGAAGAGAGAAGAAGGGCUCGAGAGGCAGAAGCUACUCCAGAAUGGCGCCACAAGGGACGCCGUCACGGCCGGGCAAGGAGAUGAGCUGCAGGAGCUGGAUCCGGAUCUCACUGGGCUCGGCGUCGAUUGA